AUCUUGCUAUUUUAUAAAACCUGCCAGUCAUUGAUUAGCAUUUUCUUGAAUUAAAAGUAAAUAUGUCAGUACGUGUUAUUAACGACGAAUCGCAUUUUCAAGCCGAGCUGACGCAAGCGGGCGUACGUCUGGUUGUUGUCGACUUUACGGCAACAUGGUGUGGACCCUGUCAACGGAUUGCGCCAGUUUUCGACACCUUCCCCACCAAGUAUCCAAAAGCGAUAUUUCUGAAGGUGGAUGUGGACAAGUGCCAGGACACAGCAGCCGGACAGGGAGUGUCGGCAAUGCCAACGUUCAUAUUCUAUCGCAACAGGAGCAAAAUCGAUCGCAUUCAAGGUGCGGACAUAAUGGGACUGGAGGCCAAAAUACAGGAACAUAUUGGAACAGGUGGCUCCGAGGAGGCAGGCGAGGACUAUGGACAGGGUUUGAUGGAGUUGAACACAUUCAUAUCGAAGCAGGAGUGCGAGUGUCUAAAUGAAUCCGAUGAUCACAAUUUGAAACAUGCUCUGGCUUCGGCAGGAGGUUACUUGCAGUCCGACUGCGAUGAGCAGCUCAUCUUGUCCAUAACAUUCAAUCAGGCUGUCAAAAUCCACUCGCUCAAGUUCAAGGCUCCUCCCCAGCUGGGACCCAAGCAGGUCAAGCUGUUCAUCAAUCAGCCACGCACCAUUGACUUUGACAUGGCCGAGUCCAUGAGCAGUGUGCAGGAAUUGACUUUGGCGGAAAAGGAGUUGGAGAAUGGGCAGCCCGUGAAUCUGCGCUAUGUGAAAUUCCAGAAUGUACAAAACAUUCAGAUCUAUGUGAAGAACAAUCAGUCGGGCGGUGACAUCACACAAAUUGAUUACAUUGGCUUCAUUGGCUCCCCAAUUAUCACCACCAAAAUGACCGAUUUUAAGCGUGUGUCAGGCAAAAAGGGUGAAAGCCAUUAAUGCAUCCCAAUCGCCAAACCGGGUAAUUGGUAUUGGUAUUAAAUUGCAGUUCUAGUGUUUUACACCAUGUUAUUACCCAGGCUUUUGCUCCAUGUACUUUCGACUUAAAAUUAAGUGACAACAAACAAAGAAAUAAAAAGAAAUCAGCUGGCAA